UGUUGUUUCUGGGGAAUAUGAGUGAUACGCGUGAGCAGAUUCUGGAGCAAAUCAAAGUGCAAGGCGAUCUCGUCCGUCAGUUGAAAGCAGCGAAGGAGUCGAAGGAGAAGAACUUGAAGCCCCGCCAAGAUCGGAGUCAGCAUAGGGAUCGGCAGGCGGAGGAGGAGCAGCGCCGCGGAGCGGAGGCCGGAGCCUUCUGAGGCGGCGGCCAGGAUGCCGGAGACGCUGCCCGCGACUGCGACCGUGACGGCGUCGAGCAUCGACUGCACCGUGGCGGUGCUCAAGGUGCCCACGCCCACCCUUCAGCUGCCGGAGGUGUGCAAUCUGCAGAGCCUCGGCCUGAUUAUGGAGCCGAACAACAUAAACAUUGAGCUAAAUCCCGCCGCCAUGGAGCCAGUGGGAUUCAAGAUGAUGACUAUGGACAUUACCAAAACCGAACCCGGACUCGUCGGGCUUUCCUCCAACCAACAGCAGCAGCAGCAGCAAUCCCAGCAAUCCAACGCCGGCAUGAACAGCGGCGGCCAGAACAACGGGCCCAAUCCCAAUGGCAACGGGAAUGUGGUCAAUGUGGUCAACUCCGGCGGAGCCGGUGGCGGCAACAAUGGCAACGGGAAUGUCCAGAGCAUCGCCGCCGCGGCCAACAAUAAUAACAAUAACAACAACAACGGUAGCCAAUUGUGCGCAGGAUGCGGCAAGCACAUCCAGGAUCGCUACCUCCUGCGCGCCCUCGACAUGCUGUGGCACGAGGAUUGCCUCAAGUGCGGCUGCUGCGACUGCCGCCUGGGCGAGGUGGGCUCCACGCUGUACACCAAGGGCAACCUGAUGCUCUGCAAGCGGGACUACUUGAGAUUGUUUGGCAAUACGGGCUACUGCGCCGCUUGCAGCAAAGUGAUCCCAGCUUUCGAGAUGGUGAUGCGUGCGCGCACCAAUGUCUACCACCUGGAGUGCUUCGCCUGUCAGCAAUGUAACCACAGAUUCUGCGUGGGCGACCGCUUUUACCUGUGCGAGAACAAGAUACUCUGCGAGUACGACUACGAGGAGCGUCUGGUCUUCGCCUCGAUGGCCAAUCACCCGAUGCUGAAGCGCCACGUCUCCUCGCUGGGCCAAGGAUCGCCGACUGGAGCGGCUGGGGCGCAGAACAGUGCCGGCGGACUGCUGGGCGGCGGACCCGGUGGACCAGGCAAUGUGAAUGGCGUGGGAGUGGGCGGUAUGGUGAAUGGACCGCGCACGCCCGGCGAUCAUAAUAACAACAACAACGGACCACAGACGCCAACCGGCGGCGGGUCGCCGUUUGCCGCAGCCGCUGCUGCCGCCGCCGCCGCUGCCCAUAUGAAGAAUCAACUGGGAGCGUCCAGCUAAAAUAAAGCCCUGGGCAUGGGCGCCACUGGGGCUGUUGUAUCGGGAGUCGGAGGAUCUGGAGUUGGAGUUGGAGCGACGAGUCAGCAGUUCUACUCGGGCUUUGGACUGCAGCACCAGCACCAGCAACAUCAGCAACAUCAACAGCAGCAGCAGCAGCAGCUCAUGGGCUUGGGCCUGGGAAUGGGCGGAGGAGGAGUGGGAGGAGGAGCAGGAUCCGCCGGUGGAGGAGGAACAGGAGCAGGAGGCGGAGGCGUUGGCAGCAUCGGGAGCGGCUGCAAGCGCUACCAAAGAAAGUUCUACAACCGCAACUGAAAGGG